UCAGCCUGCAGGAACUAGGAAGUGUGUUCAUCCCUGAUUCAAGACUAAAUACGGCAGUGAACAGAAUCAGAAAUGUCAGCAUCUGCUUCGCGCUCAGGUACGCCUGAUAAUUAAAAUUUUAAUGUCGUAUUUCAAAAACCGUAUCCAUGUGGGACUAAACAGGAGAAGAGUCGAGCUGAGGCUGGUGCUGCUGGGCCGGACCGGAGCAGGAAAGAGAUCAGCAGUCUGCACCUUCCUGGGCCUGCCAGACCCUGAGCAGGGCACAGAUGAUGCCAUCACCCAGGAGUGCCGCAAACACCGAGGAGAGGUUGCAGGCAGACAGGUGGUGGUAGUCUCCAGUCCAGCCUGGUUCGGCUCAGGCUGCAACCCAGAGGAAAGGAGAAAACACAUCUCCUACUUCAUCACCUUAUCCAGCCCUGGGCCGCAUGCUUUCCUGCUCUGUGUCCCUGUGAACCAGCCAGCUGAUGGAGAGGUGGAGGCCCUGGAUGUCUUGAUGAAGCUGUUUGGCCCCUCUGCAGUCAGCAGAAACACCAUUGUACUCUUCACCCACACAGAGGAGCUGGAGGAGGACGAGCAGCUGGAUGAAUACCUUGUCACUUGGCGCAAAGACCUCCAGGAGCUGGUGGAAAGAUGUGGUGACCGCUACCACACCCUGGAAACCCACAGUGGAGAGCCAGAUGAGAAGAAAGGUGUUGAUGAGCUGCUGGAGAAGGUUGAGCAGGUAGUAUGGGAGAGCGGGACACAACACUUGAGCUGCCCUCUGUACCAAGAGGCCGAAGAAAGAGUGAGAGAGAGGCAGGUAGAGAUAGUGAGACAGAGAAGAGCAGAGGAGAUGAGCGACCAGGGGUCUCCCACAGACUCACAACCAGGGGAAAAUGUUACAGAAGAAGAAAUGGAAGCAGUCCGGGAAGAGGCAGAGAGGAGCAUUGGUGAUCUGAAUGUGGAUAUAGAUGGCAUUUUCCCCCCUACUAGUGUCUCCCCUUCCUCCCCUGCGCCCUCUUUUCUCUGGAGCCUGUGGGAGAAGCUGACAGACUGGGUGAGGCAACUCCCUACACUGGUGAGAAGGGAGGCCUUGUUUGGAGCCCUGGUCGGCCUGCUUGUGGGAGGGCCAUUUGGGGGUAUGGUGGGAGCCACUGUGGGAUCAGUGGCUACUGAGGUGGGGAGAAGAAAAACUCAGAAAACUAAAUAAGAGAUUUAGUUAGAUAUUAAUGUAUUAUGCAUUAGGUUACACUUAAAAGUCACUUCACUGUGUUCAACAAAUCAGUGUAUUGUUGAGCUAUGGGCUUCCUAGCUAGCACUUGUCAGGAUAGUAUUUAAGCUUGACCGUUAAAAUCCAGCACUUAUUUUCUAUAUUAUAAAUGUUACCACACUCAUAGAUCAGUAAUAACCCAUUAAUAAUAACAACAUUUGGGUUGCCAGGUUUGAAAAAUCCCUUUGGCUGGUGUAUAUCUUCCUCCAGUAUAAUUGGCUCUGUCUUUGCAGUGAGCUUAGUAAUUCAUCUUGAUGGCUCAAUUUACUCAGUUAUGAACUAGUCCCAUUCCACUACACUAAUCCAUUAUGUCUGGGAAUGUGAAUGUUGUUAAACCUGCAGUAACUGACUUUCAGCCACUUGGGGGCAGCGGAAACAAGCUGUAAACUUAAGAUUGACAUAUGGCGAACUUGUUAGCAACCAGUUACUUAUUUACACAUCCAGCAGACACGGAGCAACAUUAGCAUUUAUUUGGAGUCGUGAUUCUGGGUACCUAAUGAAUGUAAAAUCCAAUAUUCACUCUAUGUUAGCUCUGUCUUCAGCAAAUCCCAAAGGAAAAAUCUGACGCCUUAGCUGCUUAAUGCCCCACUAUGUUCACUAGCUAGUCACUAAUAUUGUUUGGUUUCUGUUUGAUGCUGGGCAGGUAGUGUACAGUGGGUUUUGAGAGGUUUUUCCCUGGGUACAGCGACACUCUGUGCAUAAAACAGUGCUAUGAGAGCUGUGAGAGUGAACUAGAACUUUAAAGUUGUGGUGCAAAAAACUCGGUGAGAUGGUUCAAAACACUUCAGGAAACACUUAAAGAAACAUCCACAAGGUGGAGACAUUGACCCUAAUUGGGAAAGUUUGAAUGUCUGAGGUGAACUGAGAGAUACUUAUUUCCUGCUUACCGAGCAAAUAAAGGCUGCUGUUUUAAGAGCAUUUCACUGUUAUUUUUCUUGAGAUCUUUUCAUUUUUAUAGAUUUGAUCCAGUUAUGGACAAAUUUACCCAAUUUAUGGAUGAUCACUAUAUAACAAAGGCAAACUUAAGGGCACGUAUUUUCUGAAAAUAGAGGAACUAUGGAUAGCUGUGGUGAAAGGAACAAAAGCUGUACAUAAAGCAGCCAUCUCUCCCAGACUCUCCUCCUUACACAAUGGCAGGUUAUGGCUUUAACAUUGAUGUAAUUGAUACUCUGCUCAAACAGUCAGUCAUAACCCAUCCUUACAUCUCUCUUCCCUCACUCAUUCGCUUUCCCUCUGUCUCUCUAAACUGCCGGUGGCUCUGCUUCAGGAACAGCUAGGCUUUUCCGAAUGUGGGUGGUCUGGCCAUGGUGGGAGAGACAGAGAGCGAGACAGAGAGAGAGAGAAAGUGAGGGACGGAGAGAAUUAACCCAGCUCUCAUGUUUCCCAAAAAGAGAGGGGAGGGAGGGAAAGACGCAAGAAAGAGAGAGCGGGGAAAGAGUGAGUGAGAAGCAGCGAAUGCGAGGGAGAGAGAGCAACAGUCAAAGACAGAACAAGCUCUGUGACUACAUCUGUCUUCCAGAUGUGGCCUCCACAGUUGUCUGAAACAGGAAAAAAUAAGUUUUUAAAAGUAAAGGAAAAUUGGUGCUAAACAGUUUUUUAUUGUUACGGAUUACACAUACAAUAUAGACUACAGUAUACAGCACCAGUUUAAGGAUACACCAGCCAGGCUAUGCUGCCUUUUUCCUCUUUAUGAGACUGCAAUGAAAAAGCACACCAGACCCCGGCAAGUUAAUGUAUAUGAAAGAACACCUGUCCAAAUAUUAUUCAGUCUUAGUGGAUACACAUCACGGAUAAGACAAAGAGACCAAUGAUAGAGUUUGCAUUAUGAAAAAAAAUUAAUGAGAAUUUUAUGGAGGGAAAAUUGAGGAAUACAAAAAACAAAAGUAUCACAGAUCAAAGGUAGCACAAGUCCAGAGUGUCGGCAGCAACAGCCAGUAUCACUUCUGGAAGAUGAGACCUCACCAGGACAGAGAGGGGAAAAAACGGGAUGCAGAGUUGAUUUGUGCAUGUAUGUAUAAGCAAAGCCAAAAUCUGAACAAAUAUGUGAGGGAAUCACUAGUGAGCCAUCAUUAACACACAGGCUGUAACUUCUGCUCCUCUCCCUCAGAGCAAAAAUGUUGUUGUAAGGGCCUUGUGGUCCCUCAUCGGAUUGGAGGGGGCAGUCCGCUGUGAGACGUGGACACCGCAAUAUUUUUCUGUUAUCAUCGCGCCCUAUGGGCUGGAAAAGACAGCAAACCAAAGGAAAAUAAACAAGAUGACACACUUUUUCCUUAACAGCACAAGGCCGUUCUCUCGCUUCUGGAUUUCACAGACAUCACACUUUAUCAUUAAAUGCUCAAAAUUCUUUGCCUUAAGAGUGAUAAUAAUAGCAUUAGUUUUAAACAUUUUUUUAACUGACCUGAAUAUUUUCUUUCAGUAUUCAACAUUUGAAAAUUUAAACUGAUUUUUACUCCUUAUCUGUUUGAUUAAUCUGAACAAUAAUAAUAAUGCAUAUGAAAAUGCAGAACAGUCCUGUAUGAACUCACCAUGAAUUACAAAAAAUAUAGAAAACCUCCUGACAAAAGUCCUGGAAUAAUUUAUGAGCAAAUGAAACAUAUAAUUUUUAAAUAAUGAAAGGACAUUAAA